CAAGGGAUACGACGGAAGUGUUGGCUCGCAGCCUCCGCCGCGAUGGAGAAGUACGAGAAAAUCAAAGUAGUCGGAAGAGGAGCAUUCGGGAUCGUCCACCUGUGUCGGCGGCGAAGCGACGGUGGCUUGGUGAUCCUGAAGGAGAUCCCGGUAGAGCAGAUGUCUCGGGACGAGCGCCUGGCGGCUCAGAACGAGUGUCAGGUGUUGAAACUGCUGAACCACCCUAAUAUCAUUGAGUACUACGAGAACUUCCUUGAGGACAAAGCGCUCAUGAUUGCCAUGGAGUACGCACCGGGUGGCACCCUGGCCGAUUACAUCCAGAAGCGCUGUAACUCCCUGCUGGAUGAGGACACCAUCCUUCACUUCUUUGUGCAGAUCCUGCUGGCAUUGUACCAUGUGCACAAUAAACUCAUCCUGCACCGGGACCUUAAGACGCAGAAUAUUCUGCUGGAUAAGCACCAAAUGAUAGUCAAAAUCGGCGACUUUGGCAUCUCCAAAAUCCUUGUCAGCAAAAGCAAAGCAUACACUGUUGUUGGGACUCCAUGUUACAUCUCUCCGGAGCUUUGCGAGGGAAAGCCGUACAACCAGAAAAGUGAUAUCUGGGCUCUAGGCUGCGUGCUCUAUGAGCUGGCGAGUCUGAAGAGAGCCUUUGAGGCCGCUAACCUUCCCGCCUUAGUGCUGAAAAUCAUGAGUGGCACAUUCGCCCCUAUCUCAGACCGCUACAGCCCGGAACUGCGUCAGCUCAUCCUCAACAUGCUCAACUUAGAUCCGUCUAAGCGGCCUCAACUCAAUGAAAUUAUGGCACUCCCGAUCUGUAUACGCCCCCUACUCAAUCUAUACACAGACAUCGGCAACGUCAAGAUGCGCAGGAUUGAGAAACCACUAUCCACUGUCCAGACCGGACCACAAGGCAGAAAUACAGGUCGGGUACCAACCAGCAGGUCCAGAGACGGCGCUAGCAAGUUGCAUUCCCUCCCACUGUCAUCAGUCUACACUUGGGGCAGCGGCAUCACUGCCCCGCUACGUCUGCCCAUGCUCAACACUGAGGUCCUGCAGGUGUCACUGGGACGCACUCAAAAGAUGGGUGUGACCAAAUCAGGGCGUCUCAUCACUUGGGAGGCGCCCUUGGUGGGGUCAGCCGAGAUGAGCCUGCCCGGCGUGGUGGAGCAAAUGCAGCCUCAGUUCAUUUCCCGUUUCCUGGAAGGCCAAUCUGGAGUCACCAUCAAGUCUGUUUCCUGCGGCGAUCUCUUCACCACCUGCAUGACAGACAGGGGCAUCAUCAUGACUUUUGGAAGUGGAAGCAACGGCUGCCUUGGCCACGGGAAUUUCAACGAUGUCACACAGCCCAAGAUCGUGGAAGCACUCCUUGGCUACGAACUAGUGCAGGUGUCAUGCGGUGCUUCUCACGUUCUCGCCAUGACCAACGAACGGGAAGUCUUUGCCUGGGGAAGAGGAGAGAACGGUCGACUCGGACUGGGCGCCCAGGACACUCACAACUGUCCCCAGCAGGUGUGCUUACCCCUCAAGUUUGAGCCUCAGAGAGUGCUGUGUGGUGUAGACUGCUCCAUGAUCAUAAGUGCUGGGAACAGCAUUGUGGCAUGUGGAAGCAACAGGUUUAACAAGCUGGGCCUGGACAAGAUAACGUCCGGGGAGGAGCCAAGUCCGCCAAACCAGGUGGAGGAAGUGCACUGCUUCACGCCCGUCCAGUCGGCGCCACUAAACAAGGAGAAGAUUGUUUGCAUUGACAUCGGCACAGCCCACUCUGUCGCCGUGACAGAGAUUGGCCAUUGCAUCACUUUUGGCAGCAACCAGCAUGGGCAGAUGGGCCGCAGUUCCCGGCGGGGCAGCCGCGUCCCCUACCUGGUGCCCAGUCUGCAGGGUGUGACCAUGGCAGCCUGCGGAGAUGCUUUCACGCUGGCCAUCACGUCUGAUGGCGAGGUGUACACGUGGGGAAAGGGAGCCCGCGGACGCUUGGGAAGAAAAGAGGAAGACUCGGGGGUACCGAAGGCGGUGCAGCUGGAUGAGAGCCACCCGUUCACCGUGACAUCAGUGGCUUGUUGUCAUGGCAACAGCCUGCUGGCAGUGAAACCUUUGCUCGAUGAAGCUGUCCCGAGAUGACUUCGUCAGGAGCCCAACUACAUUUAUCUCUGAACAUUCCCUUCGGCACCAAACUCUUACAGUUUACACCAUGAACAAAAAAUAUUAUUAAACCUCAAGGAGGUGAGUGUAGAAGAACAUUAUGAAUAGCUCUGAGAGUGUGUCUGCUUUGUGCAGUGGAAACCAAGAUGGGAACCUACAAAUCAUACAAAUAUGUAAAACUAAGGUAAGGUCCUGAUGGUGCAAACUCAUUUAUAUGAAUCCACACCGAGCAAGAAAAAAAGCUACGGAAAAACGCCUAUACCUCUUUUUAAACAUAGCUAUAUGUAAUUACAUAUGCAAUGUUCCUGCCAGUAGGCAUCAUUAUAGGGAAGUGAGAAGGAACAAAAUAAUCGCCUGCAAGUCACACUUAAAUCAACAUUUUCAAGCCGUGUUUAAAGGGACAGACGACAACUUUAUCAUUCGUGUUUUGAAUUUCAUUAUAAUGAUGUGUAAUUGUCAAUAUAAAAAUGUAAAUAAUAGCCAAUAUUUCUAUUAAGUGGCUGCCUAACAUGGGAGCAGAGACGGUGCUAGUUUAGCCAAUCGGAUAUGAGUAUCAGGGAUUGUCCACCUUUUUUUUUUUUUUUUUUUUUUUUUGUGAUUUCGCUUGAUUCCAUCAGUAUGUAUGUACGUGGUUAUAACUAAUGUCACAAAAUCGCUGCACUCGUGUUUUUUUUGUUGAAACAUUAUUCCCCCAGUUAUCAGAGGUGAAAGUUGCAUACUGAAGUACUUUGAGCAAUCAAGGUCCUUUAAGUGCUUGUGACAGGAUAAAAAAGUUUUAAAUAGCAUUAUUAUGUGAAUUAAAACAGACAGAGAUAUGCAAAAUGUCAUGAUUGUUUCAGUCUCUACUCCAAUAUUUUUACAGGAUAUUCUUUUUAUCGAAGUAUUUUUCACCAAUUGCUAAAUAAAUGGUCUAGUCAUGACAAAUAAGUCUUGUGCUAAAUGGAAUAUGAAAUAUUAUAAAUGGAUUAUUCAGUACGACAGGGCAAAAUUACUGCAUAAUGGUCAAAACCGCCGGCUUCUUGAACCUCCAGAACAGUAUUUUAUGCCACAGUAGUUAGUCUGCCUUUUAUCAUUUCCCUGCCCCGGCUUGGGAGACGGAGGAAAGAGCAUAAACAAAACAGGAGGCAUGACAGCUAGGCUAAGUGACAUGCUGACCCGAACCUAGCGUCUUUUCUAAGUCUUUUUCUCGCCUUUCAAAAAUGAAAAAUCGCACAAAACUACUCCAACUCAUGUCACACACGGCGGCAGGUUUGAUUCAGCGAUCGUCCAGCCCCGGCAAGUUUUGGCUAGCCCUAACCCAAAUUAUGCAACCUUAUAAUAUUUUUCUCCCAAAGCUUUUGUGAUGGGGAAUAAGACCUCUUUUACAUUCAGUUGAACUCUCAAUGUUAUCCAAGGGUGCUAAAAAUGUUACAUCAUAAACACACAUGUGCAACAUGAAAAUGGACACAUUCCAGAACCAGGGACGAAAGCGAGGGGCUCUCCGAGCCCAGGCCGAAGCACGCCUUUAUCGCCCAGCGAACAUGGUGUGUGACAAGCCGCCGGUCGUCGACCGAGUGGCUUUAUUGGUGGACAGGGAGCAUUGUCACCCACAAAAUGCAAGCCACCUCCUAAUUAAAACGUUUGCCAUGAUCCCAGUAUUUGACAUAACAUAAAACACAUCACUUACUCACUCAUCCUUCAUGCGGUUGCUCCAUUGUCAUACUUGUUUUGCCCAUUAAUCCAUAAAGCUUCACACCACUCUCCCUGGUGUUGCAACAAAAGUUUGCAGCACAUUGGGUUGGCGUGACGCAAAAAAUAAACGAAUUAAUCCGCAAAAUCAGCUGAAUCCGCAGUCCUUCUGCAUACGAUAUUAAUGGCUGUAUUGUGAGGAUGGGUAGUCCACUGACGUCACAUUCGCCUUCUUCCUCAAUCUAAGACCGUGGCCGAAAGUCAUCAUUUUCGUAACGCGGGAUUUAAAAAAUUGAAUGAAUAUAUCGAUCGCUUCCACACACAUCCAAUCGGUCUAUUUCAUUCAGGAGUAGGGGUGUGAGAAAAUAUCGAAAUGGUGAUAUAUCGUGAUACUUUGUAUCCCAAAAGGUUAUCGAUAUGCUCCUGCCAAGAAUCGAGAUAUCGUUUUAUAAAAAAAUAAAAAGGAACAAACAAGUUGCUACCAAAAUUUUCCACCAUAAUAGUGUCUCAGUUAACACUAAGGCUGCAUUGAUGGUGCUUGACGCCCAAUCCAUUUAGACUAGGAACGUUCGUUCAUUCGAAACCAGAGCAUUCACAGUCAUUCUCUGAUUUUUAGGGCAUUUACAGGUCACUUGCUGUACAUUUUAGGGCAGGGGUCAGCAACCCUAGUCCUCGAGUGCCACUAUCCAGCUUGUUUUCCAUGUCUCCCUCCUUUAACACACCUGAAUCAAAUAAUCAUCAUCGUUAUCAGGCUCCUGCAGAGCUUGCUGAUGAGCUGAUCAUUUAACAUUCGUUCAUUCCCUGCCAUCCCUCCCACUUCAAACGGAUUGGACGUCUACUAGUGAUAAACUUAUUCCAUUUCACAGCAAAAGCAUGUUUUUCUUUUUAUUAGUUUGUAGAAUAUCCCUGAAUGAUUUCCUGACCAAUGUAUCGAUAAUCGCUGUAUCGCCAUAUAGUCAGAUCAUUGUUAUCGUAAACUUUGUAUUGCAAAUCGUAUCGUAUCGUGAAGUACCAAGAGGUUCCCACUCCUAUUUAGGAGCAUAAAAUACCACGUGUAAUAUGAAAUAAAUAUGCUUUUUUUUUUUCAUUUAAUAAUGCUUGAUGUUGUCUGUCCCUUCAACGCAUUGGCGAAUGAUCGCUGCCAACUUUCCCAGUUCUAAGAAAUUGGACAUUUUCUGCCGUCAAUGGCACUUUUAAACAUUGUCAUUCGCCGCCUGUGGUAAUUUGGACACCCCAGGCCUUCCACAUGCUAGCCAUUAGCCCGCCGUCCCGCUGUGACGCCGCUAUUCAAGCAUUGUCCUGCGUCACGUGCGUGACGAGCAAUAGGCCCAUAAGAGUGUAAACCGGUUCCAGGCCAGCAUCCAUCCCCCCUGCUUACGCCUUCCUAGUGAAUGAAGAUAUUUACAAUGCACAUCACCAGAAAGAACAGUGGAGUGUUUAAGCUACUCAUCUGUCAAAUGACCCGCGCUGAUGCACGCUGAUCCUCGGACACACUGCUCACAUUGUGCUUUAUUGGAUUAGUCAGGCUAAGUGAGAGAUGGAAGUACUCUUUACUUAAGUACAAGUAGAACUAAUUUAACUUUGAAAAACAGACUUUGAAUCGUCCAAUUAAAGGGGAAGGUUCAGAAUUUUUUACAUCAGGCUUAAUCUUCAAAUUAGCGAGGGUUUAAUUAGUCGGUGGAGUGGAUUUCAACAAAUUCCGUGUAGUUUGUUAGUUAUUUGUCGGUUUCCUGAGUGGCUGAGUUAGCGCGAGUCAAUUGGACCGACUUAGCAUGCCAAUAAUAAACAACAUACAGUGGGGCAAAUAAGUAUUUAGUCAACCACUAAUUGUGCAAGUUCUCCCACUUGAAAAUAUUAUAGAGGCUUGUAAUUGUCAACAUGGGUAAACCUCAACCAGGAGAGACAGAAUGUGGAAGAAAAAAAAAACAGAAAAUCACAUUGUUUUGAGUUUUAAAGAAUUUAUUGGCAAAUCAUGAUGGAAAAUAAGUAUUUGGGCAAUACCAAAAGUUCAUCUAAAUACUUUCUUACGUAACCUUUGUUGGCAAUAACUGAGGCCAAACGUUUUCUGUAACUCUUCACAAGCUUUUCACACACUGUCGCUGGUAUUUUGGCCCAUUCCUCCAUGCAGAUCUCUUCUAGAGCAGUGAUGUUUUGGGGCUGUCGUUGGGUCUGGAGACUGGCUAGGCCACUCCAGGACCUUGAAAUGCUUCUUACGAAGCCACUCCUUUGUUGCCCUGGCUGUGUGUUUGGGAUCAUUGUCAUGCUGAAAGACCCAGCCACGUCUCAUCUUCAAUGCCCUUGCUGAUGGGAGGAGAUUUUCACUCAAAAUCUCUCGAUACAUGGCCCCAUUCAUUCAUGAUGUUUCCACCCCCAUGCUUCACUUUGGGUAUGGUGUUCUUCGGAUGCAAUUCAGUAUUCUUUCUCCUCCAAACACGAGAACCUGUGUUUCUACCAAAAAGUUCUAUUUUGGUUUCAUCUGACCUUCUGGAUCAUUCAAAUGCUGUCUAGCGAGCCGCAGACGGGUCUAUACGUGUACUGGCUUCAGCAGGGGGACACGUCUGGCAGUGCAGGAUUUGAGUCCCCGGCGGCGCAUUGUGUUACUGAUAGUAGCCUUUGUUACUGUGGUCCCAGCUCUCUGUAGGUCAUUCACUAGGUCCUCCCGAGUGGUUCUGGGAUUUUUGCUCACCGUUCUUGUUAUCAUUUUGACACCACGGGGUGAGAUCUUGCAUGGAGCCCCAAAUCGAGGGAGAUUAUCAGUGGUCUUGUAUGUCUUCCAUUUUCUAAUAAUUGCUCCCACAGUUGAUUUCUUUACACCAAGCGUCUUCCCAGCCCGGUGCAGGUCUACAAUUUUGUUUCUGGUGUCAUUGGACAGCUCUUUAGUCUUGGCCAUAGUGGAGUUUGACUGACUGAGGUUGUGGACAGGUGUCUUUUAUACCGAUAAUGAGUUAAAACAGGUGCCAUUAAUACAGGUAAUGAGUGGAGCCUAGUUAGACCUCGUUAGAAGAAGUUAGACCUCUUUGACAGCCAGAAAUCUUGCUUGUUUGAAGGUGACCAAAUACUUAUUUUCCACUCUAAUUUGGAAAUAAAUUAUUUAAAAAUGAAACAAUGUGAUUUUCUGUUUUUUUUUCCACAUUCUGUCUCUCAUGGUUGAGGUUUACCCAUGGUGACAAUUACAGGCCUCGCAAAUCUUUUCAAGUAGGAGAACUUGCACAAUUGGUGGUUGACUUAAUAUUUAUUUGCCCCACUGUACACACACAUGAAAAUCAUCGAUGACCCAUGCAAUCAAUAAUGUUUGCUAUGUUUUAAUGAUAAACUUACUAAAACAUACCACUCUAUGUCAAUAAUUGCAGUAUGAACAGCAACAUUUGUAAUCCAGAAGCUCCGCAGAGGAGCAGGGCAGAGUGAUAUCACAUUUAUUUUUUUUUUUUUCACCGCUGAUUUUUUUAAUGUCGUAGCUAGCAGCAAGUAACCAGUUUAUAUUGUUCCUCAUUAUUGAUAGGAAAGUUUCCACAAAUUCUCUUUGCCCAUUUCUUCUGUCUGUUUAUACAGCCUCCUAAUGCACAAUUCGCCAUGUUGCCGUCCGUCAGUUAACUCAGCAGACUGAUGCUGCAUUCAAGGAAGGUAGAAAGUCAGUUUUCAACCUUGAUCUGGAAAUAUAUCAUUAGAACACCUCCACUAUUUGAACACUUACGAGAAGGCAGGUUUGCUGGAGGUAAAAAAUGUCUUGAUGACCAAAAAAAAAAAAAAACGCGUGUCACGAUCAGCCAUCUUUGCUAUUUACAUUCGCUUGGAACGCUUUGAGUUCCCACCUUCCUCGAAUGCUGCGUGAGAACGAGUGGCCGAAGCACUCCUCUCCAUUGUGGUCGUAUUACGCAUCUAAAAAAAAAUAGUCUUACAGAAUGAAAUGAAUUACGGCAGUUUUUAUGUGACAUUGUUUUGGCCUCGUGGGUAUUUUGGAACAAUGAUCUGCAUUUUGAAUUUAUUUGACUAUGUUGGAUGUGUUCGUAGAUCUGUAUUGUUUUUUUACUGGCAUGCUAAGUUUGCCCAAUUGACUUGCGCUGGCUUAGCCAAUAACUAACAAACUGCACGGAAUUUGUUGAAAUCAACUCCAUCAACUAAUGAAACCCCAUUAACUAAGAUUUAGGUUAAUGUCAAAAAUUCUGAAAUUCCGCUUUCAGAAUAGUAAGGGGAGGGGGCAAAUGUGUGUCAAGCGUUGGUCAAAACUCAACUGCGAAUUGGCUUCAAAAAUAGAUGUGAAAAUUCGGAAAUACCUCACAUGAUCAGUGAGGUAAAUAAGAUUUUUCUGUUCCUCGGAUUUAUAGCACACAUGUUCUCUUUUAACAUUGAAAUUGAUGUAAGCAUGCAUGAGAGCCAUUGUUUUGCUAAAAGACUCAAAACAACCCAAACUGCAUUUUAUACAUUCCUGUGAAAAAAAUUGUCUUCAACAAACAUAAUGAUGAAUGCUUGCCUCACAGUCUGUCCAAACAAUCUGUACUGAAGCAUAAAUUGUAGUGUAGUCCUCAUGACCACACGGUUCAAGACCAAGAUUAGCCAGAGACCAGAACUUACAGAGACCAAACAAGACCAGGAUUUUCGUAAGUCAAGACUGAGACAAACCGAAAUGAGAACAUGAGCAUGAAAAUCCAUUACUAAAAUUUGAAAAAAUGUCUGUCUGUCUAUAUAAUGUCUUUGUGCUUUGAUUUUUAAAUACGAUAACUUGUUGUUAUUGCGAGCGUUCCUCCCAGUGCCCAUUAUGUGUUUAAAUCAGGCAUGAAAAUCUCUCACCUUUCGGCGGAAUUCACCGUUAUAGAAUGAAAAAGGGUGACCUACGUGAAUUGUGUAGAUCCGAGGAGAAAAUUUGUGUGUGUGUGUGUUGGGGGGGUCAUGUUUUUAAUGUCGGAUGCUUGGUAUGCAAGCGGGGAAAGCAGCACAAAGCCAAAAAAGUGCACCAGAGUGGCCAAAACAUUGACUUAUUUCAACGAAACAAAGGAGGGUACACUGUUGUGUCCUGUCUCUUCAUUGCCAAGCUUGGCUGCACGUCGGCCGUGAAUGAACACCUAGUUGUAAUUUCGGAAGAGGACAGGAGACAAUUACCGGUACAAGCUGACAGAUUGUAAGUCCAUCUAAUUAACUAACGACAUGUUUUCUUGAAGUUGCUCAGUCUGUCGCAAUAUGCAAUGAAUCCAUUUAUCGCAUGGAAAAUAAAAGUGAGGGUGGUAAUUAUCACAGCUGCGUUUUAUCGUUGCGUGUGUGCAUACAUUUAUGCGUGCGUGUACACGUGCGUGUUGGCAUAUGAAACUCCAGUUCCUUUUACGGAUGUUCAUUGGUCAUCAACACGCCGUAGAAUUAAAGUCCAAACUUACAAAAUAAGGAAACACAUCUAUAUUAAACACUGGAAACGUUAGCAUUGCUACCUUGAGGCUAAUAGGGAAAAAAGACAACCUACUUUAGCCUGCCAUAAAACAUUGGCGAGUCUUCUCCAAAACCUAAACAUGGGUUAAAAGGUGACACUUCAAACAUGAAAAAUCACUGGUUACCAGCAUUUGCAAACGAAAAAAAUGAAAAUUGAUUACUGACACCACAUGCAAUGACAAAAAGAGCUUUUUUUUGCGGAGUAUAAAGCUUAUUGUUAGUGGUUUAGCGAAUGUACUUCCGGUGAACAUUUCAAAACAAAAGCACGUCAUGUUCGUCAUAUAGAUAACUUAAAAGAACUUAAGAAUUCAGAUUCCACGCUAAGAAUAGCUUUAAAAUGACACCCUUUAUGAAAAAUCUGAUUGGCAGUGAUUAUAAUACUCAUAUAUAGUACUAUACUAUAAUAUUAAUUAAUAAUUAAAAAAAAAAAAAAAUUUUAAUGAAUUGUUUUGACUCAUGCUGGAAAGGUGAAGUCAGUGUUCUGAAUCUGUUUACAUCAAGGGCGUACGUAGGUUUGCAUAGGGACGGUAGGGACAUAACACUACCAAAUUUUCAGGAUGCUCGAAUUGUCCACAACAACUUUGAAGCAACCUGAUUUGUACUAUAUAAUAACUCCAGUUUUAUAGAUAAUUUCGAUUGUCUUUACAUACUGUAUGUUGUAGGGAUAGAAUUGACCCUACCAUUAUUAAGUAAAUUAUUUUCAUUAUGUUCCGACUUACAUUUACUCCUUUUCACUUGCUGAAUGUGCCAGUCCAAUUUUUUCUCUCUAACACACAUUCGAUUGGCUGAUGUCUUCAACCCCCCCCCCCCCCACACACACACACACACACACACAUACUCACAGCCCAGAUAGAAAUGCAACAUGUCAAAAACAUGCCACCUCCUCCAUCCCCUUCAGAGAGGAGGGAUAUUAGAAGUUCUUUUCGGCCAGUAGCAGCAGCCUUGUCAGUGUUGUAGAGGUGGGGAACACACCACUAAUUUUCCAACUGAAAGUCCGACAUGCAUCAGAGUCAUAACAUGUAACAGAGUCAUAGCAUAACAUUAUUUGCUAACCUGCAAAACUCGAGUAGGAAGAUGCUUAGAAGUGUGUUUGUGUUUUGUACUAUUAACGUUAAUUGAGCUGUGAGAAAUGUUAACCAAGGUUUACCCCUUACUCCCCAAUUUUCAUUUUUAUUUAAUCUAUAUGGUCAUUAGCCUAUCAAUUAUUAGGUUCAUAUUUGUGAGAAAUAUAGCCCUGACACCCGUUCACCCAAUCUGUUUGGUCUUAUUGAUGUCCCGCCCCCAGCAAAAAGUGUACAUGCAGGUUAUGCUGUUUUAUUGUCCCUACCAUUGUUGGGACCAAACCUUCGCACUUGGUUGCAUUCCAUUCUUUUGCACUAGUUAUUGCUAUCAGACCUACAUCAACGCCCGUGUCCGGCCAACAUCUUCACGUCUGGAUUCACACAUCUGACAAUCACACUAAUCGAUGAACUCACAAUUGACCGACAACUUAACCUAAGUGCUACGUCCAGUAAAUGACUUUUGGGAAGAAAAUUCAUGUGAAGACAAAAUAAACAAAAAGCUGUUCAUGUAUCACAAUGUAUAAUGCUACCCUGUAUUGACUGUGUGUCCUUGGUUGGUUGAAGGGGACGGGACUUGAUAGACCAGAGCUGGGAAUCUUUGGGCACCUAACGAUUCGAUUACGAUUACGAUUCAGAGGCUCCGAUUCGAUUAUAAAACGAUUAUUGAUGCACCCCCCUCCUUUUUUUUUUUUUUUGUACAUUAGUUCCAAAAUUGUUCAAAAAUACUCUCAGGCUAAACCAAACUACUAUUUCAGUAUCAAGUUAACAUAUAGCAGUAAACAAAUAUACAAAAAUAACAGUAAAUAAAAAACUCCAGUCCCCAUUCUGUAUCAGCAGCUUUAAACUACAUUCAAUUAAUUUAAUGUUGUGAAUCAACCGUUAAAGUUGUUAAAAUUGCUCCCGUUAUUCCAUAAUUUCCCUUUUGUCUACUUUCGACAUGUGAAAGUUUUAAAACUAUUUUAAAGAUAGAUUCAAGUCAAUAUUUUACCGAUUUAGGAGUAUUUUAGAUAAAAAGUUAAUUUUUGCUUGGAAGGUUUGCUACAACAGCCUUGCAGGGAAGUGUACUGCUUUAAGACGGCGGCCGAUUACCAACGCCCGCAUCUAGUUUUUUGUAGGUGUGCUGCUAACGCUACCGAAUCUAUAUUGCAUCUAGUCCUAUAUAAAUGAUAUCUACCGUAACAUUAUGUGGAUGUACUUUGUAGCAGCUUUUCGGCAGCAGUCAGGUAUGUUGUUGUGUUUUGUUUUAUCUCGUGGCAUGAGUUCAGCUAGAGCCAUGAGUUGAGCAUUGGCAUUACCCGAGGGGCCGGGUAAUGAGAAGCAUGAUGUUUAGCUACUCUUGCUCCGUUCCUCAUUGACCGCGCGGCGCGCUGAGUGUGUUGUACUUCCGCUUUACUUGGCAUAUUUCAAUAAUCGGAAUUUGGAUGUUUGUGAAUCGUUCUCGAAUCUUCCACGGCCGAAUCGCGAAUAAUCUAAGAAUCGGAAAUUUUGCACACCUCUACGAUAGACAUAUGCUUCUUCCGUCAGCCCUUGUCUUUUUUCUUCGGGUUAAUCAUAUCACAAAGCUUGUAACCGCAAUGAUACUGAUGAUGAUGACAAUAAAAAAAAAAUUUU